AAGAGGCAGCUUCGAUGCAUGCAUUGCCUGUUUUGUGUGCGACUGAGAGAGAAGGAUGCGGAGUAGAUCUGCUCGGCUCUAACCUGUGUUGCUGCACGGAUUGCAAACCUCCUUUCUUUUGCAUUGGUAGAGAAAUUUACCAAAAGGAGUUUUAGGGGGACAAAAAAAAAGUGUUUCAGAAAAAUAACGAAGGGGAAGCAAAGGAGGAGUCAUGGCUGCAAUUAGAAAGAAGCUGGUGGUGGUGGGCGAUGGUGCCUGCGGUAAGACGUGCCUGCUGAUAGUGUUCAGCAAAGAUGAAUUCCCCGAGGUUUAUGUACCCACCGUGUUUGAGAACUACGUGGCCGACAUCGAGGUGGACGGCAAGCAGGUGGAGCUGGCGCUGUGGGACACGGCGGGCCAGGAGGACUACGACCGUCUGCGACCCUUGUCCUACCCGGACACUGACGUGAUCCUGAUGUGUUUCUCGGUGGACAGUCCAGACUCGCUGGAGAACAUCCCCGAGAAGUGGGUGCCCGAGGUGAAGCACUUCUGCCCCAACGUGCCCAUCAUCCUGGUGGCCAACAAGAAGGAUCUGCGGAACGACGAGAACGUCAGGAACGAGCUGGCCCGCAUGAAGCAGGAGCCGGUGCGCACGGAGGACGGCCGCGCCAUGGCCGUGCGCAUCGGAGCUUACGACUACUUGGAGUGCUCGGCCAAGACCAAAGAAGGAGUGCGGGAGGUGUUCGAGACCGCGACCCGGGCAGCGCUGCAGAAGCGAGCCCGGCCCAGCAGAGGCUGCGCCCACUGCUGCACCGUCCUAUGAUGCUCCCCGCGGCCAGCGGGCACUACUCUGCAAGCCGAUCUCUCUCCCCUUCUCCGGGGGGGGUUACUCCUCUUGGACAGUAAGAAGAUGCGGACAGUUUCCAGGAAGAAAACAUGGGGAGGUCACUAAAGAAGGGGUGGGGAAAUGGAAUUUCUUUUUUCUCUGAAAGAGCCGAUCGACCACCGAGAGAGAAAUGCAAUUUUUUUUGUUUAUUUUAAUUUAAUUCGGCGGAAAAUUAGCUUUUCACACCGAUUGCGGGCGGCACUGUCCGGUAGACCCAUUGGUUGUGUAGCAUCCCUUUCGGGAUGCAGCAGACGGACUGGCUUACAAUAUGCCAAUGUUGUAAAACAAUGUUUUAAUGUGUGUACGUGUGUGUGUAUAUACGGACGCUAAUGUUUUUUUUGUUCUGCGAGAAACGACGAGGACUGUUUGGGGUGGGUUUCUCCUCCGGUUCCCUUUUUAGUUUGAGCCCAGUUCGUUUUAAGGGACAGCUUGAUGCGAAGGGCUACUGGCACGGUGACGCUUUGCUCGCCUACCUACGAGCUAGCUCUAGCCUACUCACGAGUGACUGACUGUCCGGUUGCGCCAUCCGCCUGAAGUGGGUGAUCGCCGGUAGUAUGGCGCGACCUCCAAGCAAAAAAAAAUUACUAUUUUCUGGCAGCACUGACGACAAACUUUGGGACAUUCACGAUAUACGCAACAAGAGAAAAUGGGUCAAUGGGUGGAUACUUUCAACGUUUUAUUUUGGUCUGAGCAUCUGUACUGGUCGAAAGAGGACUCUUCAAGAUCCAUCGAUAUUUUUGAUACGUCUCCCAAGUGGUACUGAGGUGGUCGUUCACUGACUCAGUCUUAAAACCAACCAGAAAAUGGCGAAGCUUCGCACUGAAGCCAAGACGUGCGUUUGUUUACAGAAUUAUAUACCGAAAUAUAAGCUGUGUUUUAAAAAAAAAUUUCGUUUUCACGCAAGGUAUUAAAUGUAAUCAAAUCUGA